AUGUCGAAUCUGUAUGGAGAUUAUAAUAAAAAGAUUGAUUAUGUUUUCAAAGUGGUCUUGAUCGGUGACUCGGCCGUGGGGAAAUCUCAGCUUUUGGCUCGUUUCUCUAGGAAUGAGUUCAGUGUCGAUUCUAAGGCCACAAUUGGUGUAGAAUUCCAAACAAAAACUCUUGUUAUCGAUCAGAAAACCGUAAAGGCACAGAUUUGGGACACUGCUGGCCAAGAAAGAUACCGGGCUGUAACAAGCGCAUACUAUCGAGGAGCAGUGGGUGCAAUGUUGGUAUAUGACAUGACAAAGCGCCAGUCUUUUGACCACAUGGCAAGGUGGCUUGAGGAGCUAAGAGGACAUGCAGAUAAGAAUAUUGUGGUGAUGCUUAUAGGAAAUAAGUCUGACUUGGGCAGUCUCCGGGCAGUGCCAGUUGAAGAUGCUCAAGAAUUUGCCGAGAGGGAGAACUUGUGCUUCAUGGAGACCUCUGCUCUCGAGACAACCAAUGUUGAGUCGGCGUUUCUGACUGUCUUGACUGAAAUAUAUCGAAUUAUGGCAAAGAAGAGUCUAGCUGCUGAUGGGUCGGAUUCAGGCAAGUCUAUGUCGUUCAAGGGAACUGCGAUCAUAGUUCCUGGACAGGAUUCGGAUUCAGAGAAGAAGAGUGGCUGUUGCGGGUGAGUUAUCGAUUGUUUUGGGUUAUACUUUUUUUCCACUCCCAUCAUAUUCUUACAGUUCAGGAUUCUUUUGUUUAUUGGAAUUGUUAUAUUUGUUUUAGUGUAGAAAAGAAGACUGACAGUAAUUACAUUUUGCUCUAUUAGAAUGAUACAUUUCAGGCAUUUGCUUUCUACUAUUCCACCUCUGAUUUGUUC